CUACCACUGUAACUACGGCUGACUUUCCCCAAGGAGACAGAUCGCUCUGAUCAAUAAAAGGCAACGACAACUGCAACUUCAACUGCUUCUGCAUAUCUCACGCUCUUCAAUUAUCUUCUAUACCCUCUCUCAUCAGAUGUUUCUGUAAGAGGGCUUCGCUUUUAUUAUUCUUAUACAUGUAUUUCCAGCGUGGCGACUAGGUUGCCUCUUUUAUCCUUACAACUGUAAUUUGGAAUCCGCCCCCAGAAACGAUUAAUCCGCCCAUUCACACGACCCCCCUUACGAACACUCGACUUGCCUCGAAGACACGACUCCCGACGUCAAUGGGACACCCGACACGCUCUUUAUACACAUACACAAUUGACCUGGGGAGGCGCCGACCGCUCCCACGCCCCCCACUCGACUCUUCCGCCCCGACAGACUCGCCAUGAGAGGCAUAUCCCUUGUGGGGCUCUUUGCGCUCACAUGCUUCACCAGCGCCGCGAACCUCCUGCCACGAAAUUACGAAGCCAGCGAUUACUAUGUCCUCCACCUCGACUCUGAGGCUGCGCCCGCAGAAAUAGCAAAGCGCCUUGGCCUAUCCCACGAGGGCCAGCUGGGCGAGCUCGAGGACCACCACAUCUUCUCUGCAGCGAGACACGAGGACGAUCGGGUGCAAGAUGCGAUCACGGCGAGGAGGAAGCUGCGGAAACGAGGCGCGAGUCAGUCCGAUGUGUUGGAUAGCGUGAAGCUUGCGCAGAAGCAGAAGCUAAAGCCACGGAUGGAGAAGAGGGGGAUAAUUCCUGUGACCAAGGACAGGCCAUCAGGCGCAUUCCCAGAGCGAGGAAUUGAGGUCGAGGACCCGGUCGGUGUGGCCAGGCAAGCCGAAGUAAAAAAGAUCCUCGGAAUUCACGAUCCGAUAUUCAACGAUCAAUGGCAUUUAUACAACAACAAACAGCUGGGACACGAUGUGAACGUCACGGAUGUUUGGAUUCAAGGAAUCACUGGCCACAAUGCUACGGUGGCUAUCGUCGACGAUGGGCUAGAUAUGUACAGUGAGGAUCUGAUGCAGAACUACUUUGCUGAAGGCUCCUACGACUUCAACGACCCCGGUCCAGAGCCAAAGCCGAAGUUGAGCGACGACAGACAUGGCACGCGUUGCGCUGGGGAGGUUGGAGCUGCCAAGAACAACGUCUGUGGUGUUGGAGUAGCCUAUAACUCCAGGAUUGCCGGGAUCAGGAUUCUUUCGAAGCUCAUCACCGAUGCGGACGAGGCCAUCGCCUUGAAUUACGCGUACCAACAGAACCAAAUUUACUCCUGCUCGUGGGGCCCUCCAGAUGACGGAAAAUCAAUGGAUGCGCCAGGUAUUUUGAUCAAGAGGGCCAUGCUUAAUGCUGUACAAAGGGGCCGAGGAGGGCUGGGUUCUGUCUACGUCUUCGCGUCUGGAAACGGCGCUGCGUCGGAAGACAACUGCAACUUCGACGGCUACACGAACAGUAUCUACAGCAUCACUGUUGGCGCAGUUGACCGUAGAGGCGAUCAUCCCUACUAUUCCGAAAAGUGCUCAGCGCAACUCGUCGUUACGUACAGCAGCGGUGGUGGCGACCAGAUUGUCACCACCGACGUUGGCGCAAACAACUGCGCCACAACUCACGGAGGAACCUCUGCAGCUGCACCUUUAGCUGCCGGCAUCUUCGCACUGGUAUUGUCCGUCCGACCUGAUCUGACAUGGAGAGACAUGCAGUCUCUCGCAAUGCAGACUGCCGUCACUAUUGAUAGCGCAGACGACUGGCAAACCACGACCAUCGGCAAGAAGUUCAGCCACACCUUCGGAUAUGGCAAGAUUGACUCCUGGGCCAUUGUCGAAGCCGCAAAGACCUUCAAGUCACUCAAGCCCCAGGCGUGGCUCUACUCCCCUUGGAUCAAGGUCAAUAAACCAAUCCCGCAAGGAGACCAAGGCCUCGCAGUUACGUACGAGGUGACAGCCGACAUGCUCAAAGACGCCAACCUUGAGCGACUCGAACAUGUGACCGUGACGAUGAAUGUCGAGCACGGCAGACGCGGAGAUCUCAGCCUCGAUCUAAUCAGCCCCGACAACCUAGUCAGCCACCUCAGCGCAACCCGCAAGAACGACGAUUCCCCCAACGGCUACGCAGACUGGACCUUCAUGAGCGUCGUGCACUGGGGCGAAUCCGGCAUCGGCACCUGGAAACUCAUCCUCCGCGACACAACCGUCAACGAGCACUCUGGCAACUUCACAGACUUCCACAUCAAGCUCUGGGGCGAAUCCAUCGACGCCUCCAAAGCCACCCUCCUCCCCCUCCCCAACGCCAACGACGACGACAACCACGACGCCGACAAGCCCUCCUCCACCAUCUCCGCCACCGUCUCCACCACCUCCCUAAACCCCGUCCCAACAUCCACCACAACCCCCCUAACAACAGACCAACCCAACCGACCCGUCCCCCCGAAACCCACAUCCACCCUCACCUCCUCCCCCACCCCCACCGCACCCAGCGACGACCUCGCCGCCUCCUCCACCGCCGCCCCGUCCUCGUGGCUUCCCGGCUGGCUACCGCGUUUCGGCUUCGGCCCAAAGACAACGAUCUGGAUGUACGCCGCCACUGUCCUCAUCGUAGGUUUCUGCAUCGGGUUAGCUAUCUACUUCUACCUCGCGCGCCGCAAGAGGCUGCGCAAUAGCGCGAGGGAUAACUAUGAAUUCGACCUCAUCCGCGAUGAUGAGGAGACGGAGGGGUUGACGGGGGGGAGGCCGAAGAGGAGGGCCGGGGAGCUGUAUGAUGCGUUUGCUGCCGGGAGUGAUGAGGAGGGAUUGAGUGAUGUGGAGGAGGAGGGGGAGGAGUAUCGGGAUGUUGCGAGGAGGGGGGGGAUGGAGGCGGAACAUCAUGUUAUUGGCGGGGAUAGUGAGAGUGAGAGUGAGGAUGGGGAUGAUGGGAGGGGGGAGAAGGAUGCGUUGAGGGGGGAGUAGAUGGUUUUUGUUGGAUUAUUGGUGUUGGAGGUGGUGUGUUGUAUAUAUGGAAUUGGGGAAUGAAUUAUUUUCAAGGAUUUGGUGUUUAUGAGGGGCGUUUCGCAGUAGAAUUCUUCGGGGAUGCUUACGACCUACGUAAUUCGCAGGGUUCUCAAUAGUGCUGGAGCGCAGCUCAGUGGCUGUGCAUGAGAUUCUGGUAUGUCGCGUGGAAAGUCGACUUUGCACAUAUGCAGUGACCAGAGAAGGAUGCGAUGAUAUACCCGUCCAAAGCCUACCAACCCGGCGAUGGACGUCUAGCAUGGCCUCCGCUGCUUCUAGAACUCUGACAUCUAGUCCCUUAGCGCUAGUCACUGUGAUCUUCCCCGCCAUCAACCAGCUUGGUACUAGAAUGCUGCGUCUAACAGUCACCAAGUUGACAUAGUAGCUUGCCUAGAGACUCAUCUUUAGUAGGUAAGAAGAGUCUGACGUUUUAAAACUAUGUCUUCAAAUAUCUAAAUUUUUAGUAAAUAUUAAGGUUUAAAAUCA